AUGGGCAAGAAGACGACCUCCAAGCAUGCGCGCAACGGGUACGACUCGGACGACGGCAGCAUGAGCUUUGGCGGGUCGGUCGCGUCCAACGACACGGACCGCUCCUUGGACGUCGAUGAGAACGACGGCGAGCUCACGCAAGAAGAAGCGCUCCACGCCCACAUGGAAGAACUCCUCGAGAAGCGAACGACGACGCGUGUCUCGGCCUUGAAGAAGAUUGAGGCGCUGCUCGCGCAAUGUGUUCCGCUCGAGCUGCUCCAGGACAACGUUGACACGCUCCAAACCAACGUCUUGCACAUCUUGCGCCGCCCGUCGCCGGCGGAAGGCGUGCUUGGCGCGCAGAUCCUCGCGCUCAUGGCCCUCAUCCUUGGCGCCAACGAAGACAGCUACUACAACCAGAUCAAGGGCCCAUUGCAUUUGCUCGUCAAGUCCGAGACGCAAGCCAGCGACGUGCGUGCCAUGGCGCUGCAAGCGCUUGGCACAGUCUGCUUCAUCUGCAGCAGCGACCAGGAAGACACCCACGCCGUCCUCUCAUCGUGCACCGCUUUCUUUGGCAACGCGUCAAACGCGCUCGCCGUCGCCGCCCUUGACACGUGGGGCUGUCUCGCUUCGACACUGCCAAGUGCGACCUUGGUCGACGACUCGUUCCUUGCCCCGAACCUCGAGGUCUUUCUGCAGCUUCUCGAGCACACGGAUGUCGACGUGCGGUCGGCGGCUGGCGAGAACAUUGCGCUCUUUUUCGAAGCGCUCGCGACGGCCCACGUCGAGUACGUGGACCGCGACGUGAUUGCGGCCAAGCUCCUCCUGCUGAGCAAGGACUCGAGCAAGAAGACGAGCAAGCGCGACCGGAAGGAGCAGCGCACGGUCUUCCGCGACGUGUACAAGACGGUGGCCGACGACGUCUCGCCGUCCGUGACCUUUUCGUUCCAGAACGAAAUGCUCCGGUUCCAGGACUGGUGCACGCUCAAGCAGUACAGUACGCUCAAGAAAUGGCUCCACGUCGGGUUCCAAGAGCACCUCAAGUACAACAACACGGUCCGCGGGCUCCUCGACCUCCCGCUAACGUCCGAAGAGCAGCCGCGCGUCGAGAAGCGGGACACGCUCUCCAAGAACUCGCACACGCGCAAGCACCAGAGCGCUGCGCUCAAGGACCAGCGGGCAGCGCGCAUGAACCAGAAGAACCUCUUCCUCGCCGACUACUAG